AUUAGGAGUGUCUGUGGUUGUGUUUGGAGUGAUGGAUGGUCACGUGUUUGUCUUCCGGUUGCUGUGUGUCGCUUCCACAGCAGAUGGCAGCAGAUGAACACGUUCAGUGAGUGUCGCCGUUAACGGGGCCGGUCGGAGUCUCUAUCGGCUCUGUCAGUGUGAUCCCGUCCGUCUCUCCGUCAGCAGACAUGGCGACUGCGCGCGUUUUCCUCACAUUAAACCCGAUGUGACGCGACGCGACCCCGCGCGCUCAACAUCACCGUUCAGUGGCUUUAUCUCCGAGAAACGCGCAGGUGUAUUCAGUGGAUUUAUACUCGCGGCUAAGAGCGGAAGAUCAUGGUGGAACAGGCUCAGACAUCUUCAGCGGGACAACGAUUAGGAGCUCCAGAGACUCUGGGCAUCAGCACCCUGGAGCCUGGACACAAACCCGCCGCCAUACCUCCGGGAAGACCCGUGAGCGUCAGAGUCCUGCUUCUGGACGACUCCGAAGUGACAUUCGACAUAUCGCAUCGAUGUUCUGGACGAGUUUUGUUUGAGAUGGUCUGCUCACAUCUUAAUCUCAUUGAGGGAGAUUACUUUUGCCUGGAGUUCCAGAACCAUCACAGACGGACGGUCUGGCUGGAUUUACUAAAGCCCAUUAGAAAACAGAUCACACGGCCCAAACACACAGUUCUUCGGUUUGUUGUGAAAUAUUUCCCCCCUGAUCACUCUCUAAUUCUGGAGGAGCUGACCAGGUACUUGUUUGCGCUGCAGGUGAGACAGGAUCUGACCGGUGGACGUCUCACGUGUAGUGACUCCAGUGCUGCUCUUCUGGUGUCUCACAUCAUUCAGUCUGAGAUUGGUGAUUUUGAGGAAACUCAAUGCAGACAACAUCUUCUAAACACCAACUACAUCAGUGAUCAGAUGGCCCUGAUGGACAAAAUCAUGGAGUUCCACCGUAAACAUGUUGGUCAGACUCCAGCAGUGUCCGAUAAGAAUCUGUUGGAGGCGGCGUGCAGGUUGGAGAUGUACGGCAUGCGACUUCAGCCGGCUAAAGAUCGAGACGGGACCAGACUCAGUCUGGCUGCUGCACACAAUGGGGUCCUGGUGUUUCAGGGUCACACCAAGAUCAACAGCUUCAGCUGGUCAAAUAUUCGCAAACUGAGUUUCAAGAGGAGAAGGUUUCUCAUCAAACCGAGAGCAGAUCAAAGCCAAAAUGUGAGUGCAGAGACGUUAGAGUUUCUGAUGUCCAGUCGGGACUGCUGUAAAAUGUUCUGGAAGAUCUGUGUGGAGUAUCACGCCUUCUUCAGACUCUACGAAGAGCCCAGACCCAAACCCAAACCAGUGCUGUUCAGUCGCGGCUCAUCCUUCAGAUUCAGCGGGCGGACACAGAAGCAGGUUAUCGAUCACGUGAAGGAGAAUGAGUUUAGAAAGCUGCCCUUUGAGAGGAAACACAGUAGAGUUCGGUACAACGUGAGCACAUCACCUUUACUUGCCACCCUGCCAAAUCAAGCCAGGAAGCAGUGUCGGGAAGGAUCGUUUUUAGUAAGCUCAGAAGAUUCGGCUGUAUUGCUACCCUGUGGAAAUUCAUCCCCCUCCACCCGGCUCAACGGAUGCGGCGAGCCAACCUUCCACGUUCAGGAGGAUAGCAGACGCCAGGCCAUUGAGCAAGCAGGUCUGGCGUCCCUUGCGGCCAAAGGCAGCAGCUCGUCCAUCCCUUAUAUCGACUGCAGUGAUGCAGAGUUUAGUGAACAUGAGGUCAGAGGUCGACUCAGCAGGUCUCAAUCGCGCACGCGUGACAGUGUGUCCGAUCGCGGCACGGGGUUCGCUGUUCCCCGCUCGCAUCAGAAAGACAGAUACCUGGGCAAUUUCAGACAGAGAGAAUCUCCACCGCUUUCUCCCGUAAGCCCUGCCCACAGCUACCCCAGCCCCUCCUCCCCGAUUCAAAGCGCUGGCUAUUUCGAGUCGCCGUUGUCUGGGGGCGGAACUCAGGUACGCGGGCCGCUUCACAGCACACUGCUGGAUGAGCUGGCUGCUAGGAGUCCCAUUAAGCACUACACGGGCACCAGGAGCCUGACCUCUAGCCCCGCCCCCUCCUCUUUCCACAGGACCGGCUCGCUAAGCCACGCCCAGUAUAACGGAUACGGCGGGCGGCACUUGAAUUCAAAAGCGGGGCUCCGGGAGGACAGAGGUGGACUCUUUGGUAGCGGUUCUCCGCUCAUGAAUCAGGUCACACGUGCUCUGGUGACUUUAGUGAACGGUCACGCUGAAGACUGCAGAGCUGUGACCCCGUCACCCCUCAUCUCACCUCUGCUGAACGACACCGCUGACAAACACAUCCACGAGGACGAUGACAACAGGAGGAAGAUGUGUCCUGCAGAUGAAGCAUACUUCAUUACUAAAGAGCUGUUAAACACUGAGAGAACUCACCUGAAGGACCUGGAGCUCAUCACUGUGUGGUUUCAGGCAGUUUUGGAUAAGGAGGAGUGUGUUCAUGAUUCUCUGAAGAAACUUCUGAGCUCCACAUAUGAGCCUCUACACAAACAUCACACACGAUUCCUGCGAGAGCUCCACGAGACCAUUGCACUCUGGGAGGCGGGGUCACAUGAGGACGUUCAGUGUGUAGGAGACCUGCUGCUGAAGCUGAUGCUUGAUCUGAAGUCUCUCACCGCUGAGCUGCAGAUGACAUCAGAGUGUGUGUGCGCGCUGGAGAAAGCGUGUGCUGCGUGUCACAGGCUGGAGCGAGUGUGUCGUGAGUUUGAGCUACAGAAGGUGUGUUACGUUCCACUGAACGUCUUUCUGCUGAGACCUGGACAUCGCCUGCUGCACUACACACAGAUCCUCAACAGACUCCUCAAACAUUAUCCAGAGACACACACACAUCACACACGCUGCACAGCUGCAUUGGCUGAGGUGUGUGAGCUGGAGGCGGAGCUUCAUUCUUCUCUGCUGGACAUUGAGAAUCAUCAGAAACUCUUGGAGCUUCAGAAGGAUGUGACCGGUGUUCAGAAUGUGUCUGGACGUCAGCUCAUCAGACAGGGCUGUCUCAGUAAACUCUCGGGGAAAGGACUUCAACAACGCAUGUUCUUCCUGUUCAAUGACGUGCUCCUGUACAGCACUCGUGGGAUAACAUCAACCAAUCAAUUCUCAGUACACAAACAACUUCCUCUACGUGGAAUGACAAUCCGGGAGAGCGAGGACGAGUGGGGCGUCCCUCAUUCCUUCACACUGAUGGUUCAGCAGCAGUCACUGGUGGUCGCUGCAUGUUCAGAGUCAGAAAUGGAGAAAUGGAUGGAGGAUUUAAAGAUGGCAGUUGAUCUGGCCGAGGAAUCUGACGGACUGACCUCUGACCUGCUGAUGUCUAAUAAACACAUCAAAUCCUCUGGGGUUUCAGAAGUGGAGUCUGAGGAUGAUGUUGGCGAGUCACAAUCGUCUCUAGUGCGUCAUGGAAACAGCUCGGCAAACACGCUUCACCGUGGCAACACUAUAGUACACGUGUGUUGGCAUCGCAACACCAGCGUCUCCAUGCUGGACUUUAGCAUAGCAUUACAGAAUCAGCUCUCAGGGAAUCUGCUCAGAAAGUUUAAGAACAGCAACGGUUGGCAGAAACUCUGGGUGGUUUUCACCAAUUUUACUCUGUUCUUCUACAAAACACAUGAGGAUGAAUAUCCAUUAGCCAGUCUGCCAUUGUUGGGUUACUCCGUAACUAAAGCUGGCGAGUCAGAAAACAUUCAUAAAGAUCACGUCUUCAAACUGCAUUUCAAAUCUCACGUCUACUUCUUCAGGACUGAAAGCGAAUACUUUUUCCAAAGAUGGAUGACAGUGAUCAGAAGUGCUACCGUCUCUGCCAGCAGAACCCGCUAUCUGAACCGCACAGAACCAGACUAAACCUCACAGAACCAGACUAAACCACCUGAACUAGCUAUCUAAACCACAUACAAUCAGACUAAACCAAGCAGACCCAGACUAAACCACUGGAAACAAUUAUCUGAACCACAUAUAACCAGACUAAACCACACAGAACCAGACUAAACCACUGGAAACAAUUAUCUGAACCACAUAUAACCAGACUAAACCAAACAGAACCAGACUAAACCACUGGAACCAGCUAUCUGAACCACAUACAACCAGACUAAACCACACAGAACCAGACUAAACCACCUGAACCAGCUAUCUAAACCACAUACAAUCAGACUAAACCAAGCAGAACCAGACUAAACCACUGGAAACAAUUAUCUGAACCACAUAUAACCAGACUAAACCAAACAGAACCAGACUAAACCACUGGAACCAGCUAUCUGAACCACAUACAACCAGACUAAACCACACAGAACCAGACUAAACCACCGGAACCAGCUAUCUGAACCACAUACAACCAGACUAAACCAAGCAGAACCAGACUAAACCACUGGAACCAGCUAUCUGAACCACAUACAACCAGACUAAACCAAACAGAUCCCGCUAUCUGAACCACACACAACAAGACUAAACCACACAGAACCAGACUAAACCACCAGCACCUGCUAUCUGAUCCACAUACAACCAUACUUAACUACACAGAACCAGACUAAACCACACACAACCAGACUAAACCACAUAGAACCAGCAGAAAACCACACACAACCAGACUAAACCGCACAGAACCAGACUAAACCACACACAACCAGACUAAACCACCGGAACCAUUUGAACCACAUAUAACCAGACUAGACCACACAGAAACAGACUUAACCACACACAACCAGACUAAACCACCGGAACCAUUUGAACCACAUAUAACCAGACUAGACCACACAGAAACAGACUUAACCACACACAACCAGACUAAACCACCGGAACCAGCUAUCUGAACCACAUACAACCAGACUAAACCACACAGAACCAGACUAAACCAGCUAUCUGAACCAGACAAAACCACACAGAUCCCGCUAUCUGAACCACACACAACCAGACUAAACCACAUAGAACCCGCUAUCUGAACCACCAGAAACUAAAAAAGGAACCCACUGCCUGAACCAGACUGAACCAUACAGAGCUCAGUAUCUGAAAAAAUGUAUCUCUUUCUGCGUGUGUGUGUGUGUGUGUUAUGACGAUGACAUUCUAUCACACUUUAACAAGGUCACAUAAAUGACAUUAAGGGGGAAUAUCACCACAUCACUUCUGAACCUUUAAACCAUCUGACUUGUUCUCCUCCGCUGGUGUUUGACACCUGUUUAUAUCUUUGUGUUUGUUUAUAUGAAACAGUGAAUGCUGUCAGACCACAUUAGUUGUUGGUAAAGCAGAACUUUUCUUGUGCUGAGACGGCAACACAUGCCAGUCACGGGUGAGUCACGGCCUGCAGAAGAACCGAGGUCACCGGCGUGGCCUUCAGCAGCGUCACUGCUACACAAGUGCCUGACCAGUGAUCCCAUCACACAAUAUCUUUAACAUCAACGGUGCUAUAUCCACAGGAUGGGACAGAAACUUUGCUGAAGUUUUAAGGCUGUAUAUUAACUCUGAAUUCUGAGUGUUUGGGAAACUGAAAAUAAAAGUGUUAUUAAAGGUUCAGAUGUAAACAGAGAGGUGGAAUUCCCCUUUAAACUCGUGACGCUCACACACAGGUGCUUUUUACUCAAGUGUAGAAACGUUUCAUCAAUUUCAUGCAUUUUUACAGAAAUUUGUUUUACGUGAUGUUUUAUAUUUAAUUAUGCAUUGGUGAAAGUCAGCCAUAAGUGUCACCUGAGCGUCUGUUUCAGUGCCAUACUUUUAUAGUACAAAUGUUUGCAACUUUAGCAGCUAAAACCAUGACGGCUUCCAGAAGCCAGCGUGCCAAAACCAUUUCAAGUAUUUCCAACAAUAUUAGGACUUUAAAAUAAAAUAUAUGAACUUUAUGAAGUAAUUUUUUCUAAAUGUAAAUUUCAGCAAACUGUUUAUAUUUAUACAUGUGUCAUGAAGAGUGUAACACUUAUAAAAUGAACUUUAUAGAACACAUUAUCUGUCUGCAUGUACCAACAUGUGUCUGUUGUGUGCUGUUGUCAUUAAACUAUGAAACUUUA